UGCAUGUGCCGAAGAUUUCGAUCGCAGUUCAAGCAACGAAUGCUACUCUGACAGACGAAAACCGAUGGCCAACUUUACUUCUAACGCCUGCUGGAAGAUUAACUAUGACUUCCCGAAGAUCUUCUUAACUGUUGUAUAUGUUAUCACUUUUAUUUUUGGACUUCUUGGCAACUGCUUGGGCUUGAAAUCAAUUUUUACAAACUGGAGGAAGAUGGGAAACAUUAAAAUACUGGCUUUAAACCUGUGCAUUACGGAUAUCAUGUACGUGCUUACUUUGCCAUUUCUGUUGACCUAUCAAGUGCGAAAACAAGGAUGGAUAUUUGGAGACCCUUUCUGCAAGGUAACAAGAUUCAUAUUCAACGUGAAUCUCUAUGGGAGUAUUGGAUUUCUCACCUGCAUCAGCGUGUACAGGUAUCUGGGCAUUGUGCACACUAUGAGGGUAAAAGGCAGGAUAAACGUGAGGCAUUCUAUAGGAAUAUCUGCACUGGUCUGGAUUGUGGUUUUGAUUCAAUGCCUGCCUGAUGUGUUUUAUGAGAAAACAUUCGAAAAUAGACUUAAAUGCUAUGACUCAACUACUGAUGAUUACCUUGAUUCUUACCUAAAAUACAGCAUUAUACAGACUGCUGUUGGACUUGUUAUCCCUUUUGUCAUAAUAGUCUGUUCCUAUGGCCAUGUGGCUGUGAUUCUAGUCACCAAGAAAGACAUCGGAGACAGCGCGCUGAAGGUGAAGUGCCUCAGGCUGGUGGUGAUUCUCGCCCUGCUCUUUUCCAUAUGUUUCAUCCCUGUCGUCAUCUUCAGAAAUCUCAACUUGAUGACUCGCAUUUCAAAAAAGAGGGGCAUCUGUAAGCCAUGGUAUUCCAGCAUAUACAUCGCCAAACAGAUAAGCGAUGGACUAGCGUGUCUGAACAGCGCCAUUAACCCACUGGUGUAUCUGUUGAACAGUAAUAAACUGCUGAAGAGGUAUUUCAGUUUCAAGGGAAAAGAACAACAAGAUCCACGUUCAAUUGAACUCUCACAACUGCGAUCAACAGAGGACUGAAAUCAACUUGCACAUCUAAAUACAAUCCCACCAGCCAGUUCAUCCGUAUCAAGCGGAGUAUGGGUGAAGUCUUACGCAUGCACAUAAAGCAGGGCAAGGGCAUCUUUUCAAAAUGUUGUACAUGCUGGAUCACA